GCCUGACAGAGUGAGAGGACGCACGAGUAUCAAACAUCGGCACAAAUUGACCGACAAAUUACGGUCAAAUGCCACCGACCCCACAACAGAUCAAGGAACAGCUGCUGAAAGCAAUAGAUAAGGAUGCCAACGUGGUUGAUAUGGCUGGAGUGGUGGAGGUAGUCUCCGUAUUGGAAUCAGCACCUGCAUCCAUAACCAAAGAGGCCUUAGAGGAGACCCGACUCGGAAAAUUGGUAAAUGACAUCCGUAAAAAAUCUACCAAUGAUGAUUUAUCUAAGAGGUGUCGGCGACUCCUCAGACAGUGGCAGAAAUUAUGCAUUCCACAGCAAGCUAAUGCAAAUAAAUUGCCGAGGAGUGCCAGCUCUUCCUCUCUUAACGGCAGUAACAUCAGUUCUUCUAAAACCGAAGGCAAUAAACAACCUGAUGUGAGAUCGUCGACAAGUCAGGCUUUAGCGAAAACAAAUUCAGCUAAUAGAAGGAAGCGGCGAGCUGAUGAGUUUGGUGAAAGCUCUCAUGGAGCUGCAUCUGCAAAACGGUUUGCUGAAGGUCUACAUAAAUCAGCAAGUGCUGUUGAUUUUGUUAAUGGACUUCCAAGUGAUUACAAAGAUGCUGCUGGGAACUUUUCAAGAAAUGUAACAAAGUCUAAACCAGGAACUCCCAAUCUAUCAAGUGCUAGGUUGAAACCGGGAACACCAAAUUUGCCUAGUGCUAGGUUGAAACCGGGAACACCAAAUUUGCCUAGUGCUAGGUUAAAACCGGGAACACCAAAUUUGCCUAGUGCUAGGUUAAAACCGGGAACACCAAAUUUACCUAGUGCUAGGUUAAAUCCGGGAACACCAAAUUUGCCUAGUACAAGGUUAAAACCAGGAACUCCAAAUUUGCCAAGUGUGAGGUUGAAACCUGGGACACCUAACGUUCCUAGUGCAAGAACAAAGCCUGGGUCUCAGAAUUUUCAAAUUGAUAAAUCCAAAUCUAGUCCAGUAGUAACAGAUUUACCAGGAUCAAAGCCAGGGACUCCAGUCAUACCAAGUACAAAAAGUGGUUCACCAAAAUCUAGGAAAGAACUCUCUCCUAGACUACCACAUGCUAAAUUGGGUGCUGUGACAACCACCCCAUCAAAAACUUCUCAAAUCAUCAAGUCCCAAUCAGCCCCUGUGCUUAGCUCACAAUUAGUUGAAAAUGAACAAUCGCAUGUAUUUAGUGCUGUUGCCAGUAUUGCAGACGAAAGCUCAGAGAGCAAAGAUGUAGUAUUACCAAGUCAUGCCAGUGAAUCAAGUCCAACAAUUAAUGUUGAUCAGCCCACAAGUGAAACAUUACACAUACAUUCUGCUUCUGAGGGUUUAGUGCUUGAGAAAAGUAUUAAAAAAAGUCUUGAAAUUUAUUCAGAGACGAGAAAUAUUCCAGAAACACUUGAGAAUGAGGAUGAUGUCGAAAGGGAUAAAGUUCUGGAAGAGGUGACACAAGAAGAAGAGGAAGAACUGCCACGGAAACCAGCAACUGAAGCAGAAAUUGACAAAUUACAUUCUGAGCAUUGGGAAGGUGUGAAUGGUUGCCAUGACAGCAAGGGAGAAUGGCACAGUUGGAAUGAGUGUAUGGUCAUAAACACUUGUGAGGAAAAUUCUAUACACAUACUGCCUUAUGUUGUAUUAGACUGA